GGUGCCCCCGGAGGAGACCCGGGCGUCCCGAUCCCUUCCAGACAGGCCUCCACCGUCGCUGACCCACGAUGGCCAAGCGCAGCUCGCUGUCCAUCCGCAUCGUAGAAGGGAAGAACCUGCCUGCCAAGGACAUCACCGGCAGCAGCGACCCCUACUGCAUCGUGAAGGUGGACAACGAGCCCAUCAUCAGGACAGCCACCGUGUGGAAGACCCUGUGUCCCUUCUGGGGCGAGGAGUAUCAAGUUCAUUUGCCGCCCACAUUCCACGCCGUGGCCUUCUAUGUCAUGGAUGAAGACGCGCUCAGCCGGGAUGACGUCAUCGGCAAGGUCUGCCUUACCAGAGACACCCUGGCCUCCCACCCUAAGGGUUUCAGCGGUUGGACCCACCUGGUGGAGGUGGACCCUGACGAGGAGGUGCAGGGUGAGAUCCACCUGCGACUGGAAGUGGUGCCAGGGACCCGCACCAGCCGGCGGCUGCGGUGCUCGGUGCUGCAGGCCAGGGACCUAGCUCCGAAGGACCGGAAUGGUGCGUCUGACCCCUUUGUGCGAGUACGUUACAAUGGCCGGACCCAGGAGACCUCGGUAGUGAAGAAAUCUUGCUACCCACGCUGGAACGAGACAUUUGAAUUUGAGGUGGAGGAUGGAAGCACAGAGGCGCUGUGCGUGGAGGCCUGGGACUGGGACCUCGUCAGCAGGAAUGACUUCCUAGGCAAAGUGUUGGUCAACGUUCAGCGGCUGUGUGCGGCCCAGCAGGAGGAGGGCUGGUUCCGGCUGCAGCCCGACCAGUCCAAGAGCCGGCGGGGCGAGGGCAACCUGGGCUCCUUGCAGUUGGAGGUGCGGCUUCGGGAUGAGAUGGUGCUGCCAUCCAGCUGCUACCAGCCCCUGGUGCAGUUGCUGUGCCAGGAUGUGAAGCUGGACCCCCAGGGUCCAGGGCAGCUGAUCCCACUUAUUGAGGAGAUGACCAGCACCGAGUGUCGCCAGGAGGUGGCCACCAACCUGCUCAAACUCUUCCUGGGGCAGGGGCUGGCCAAGGACUUUCUAGAUCUUCUCUUUCAACUGGAGCUGAGCCGCACCAGUGAGGCCAACACCCUCUUCCGGAGCAACUCGCUGGCCUCGAAGGCCAUGGAGUCUUUUCUGAAGGUAGCAGGGAUGCGGUAUUUGCACGGAGUCCUGGGCCCCAUCAUCGACAAGGUGUUCGAAGAGAAGAAGUACGUGGAACUGGACCCCGGCAAGGUGGAAGUUAAAGAUGUCGGGUGCUCCGGGCUGCACCGCCCGCAGACCGAAGCGGAGGUGCUGGAGCAGAGCGCGCAGACGCUCCGCGCCCACCUGGGGGCGCUGUUGAGCGCGCUCUGUCGUUCGGUUCGCGCAUGCCCCGCGGUGGUCCGCGCCACCUUCCGCCAGCUGUUCUCGCGCGUGCGCGCGCGCUUCCCCAGCGCCCAGCACGAGAACGUGCCGUUCAUCGCUGUCACCAGCUUCCUGUGCCUGCGCUUCUUCUCCCCUGCCAUCAUGUCGCCGAAGCUCUUCCACCUACGUGAGCGACACGCCGACGCGCGCACCAGCCGCACGUUGCUCCUGCUAGCCAAGGCGGUCCAGAAUGUGGGCAACAUGGACACUCCGGUCUCCAGGGCCAAAGAGGCUUGGAUGGAGCCACUGCAGCCCACCGUGCGCCAGGGUGUGGCACAGCUGAAGGACUUUAUCACCAAGCUAGUGGACAUAGAAGAGAAGGAAGAACUGGACCUGCAGCGGACCCUGACCUUGCAGGCACCUCCCGUGAAGGAGGGACCGCUAUUCAUUCACAGGACCAAGGGCAAAGGUCCCCUCAUGUCCUCCUCCUUCAAGAAGCUCCACUUCUCCCUCACCACCGAAGCCCUCAGCUUUGCCAAGACGCCCAGCUCCAAGAAAAGCGCCUUUAUUAAGCUUGCGAGCAUCCGCGCAGCCGAGAAGGUGGAGGAGAAGAGCUUCGGCAGCUCCCACGUCAUGCAGGUCAUCUACUCGGAUGAUGCGGGCCGACCCCAGACCGCCUACCUGCAGUGCAAGUGUGUGAACGAGCUGAACCAGUGGCUGUCUGCCCUGCGUAAAGUGAGCAUCAACAACAGUGGCCUACUGGGAUCAUACCACCCUGGUGUCUUCCGUGGGGACAAGUGGAGCUGCUGCCACCAAAAGGACAAGACAGAUCGGGGCUGCGACAAGACCCGCUCCCGGGUGACGCUGCAGGAGUGGAAUGACCCCCUCGAUCACGACCUUGAGGCUCAGCUCAUCUACCGCCACCUAGUAGGUGUGGAGGCCACGCUGAGGGAGAAGCUUCAGUUGCUGAGUGGGGACAGAGACGCAGGCACCUCGCCCACGGGCCCUGGUGGAGCCCCGGGGUACUCACUGGCCCAGCUGCUCCGCGUGCUGCAGGACCUGCGAGAAGCCCACAGCUCCAGCCUGGCUGUCCCGCUGCCCACGGGCCCCCACCACCUCCUAGAGCUGCAGACGUGAGGCGUGUCCCCGGCCCACCAGGGGUUUGGAGACCCCCUGAUGCACUCUGGGUUUUUGUCCUGGUAAUCUCUCCUGGACAGGACUUUGUGGCUGUCCUGAAGUCUCUGGGGGAUGAAAGGGGCUCCUGCUUUUCUGGGAAACUGAGGUCCACAGUUUCCAUCAAGGACAGGCUCCCCCCCAGGAGCUCUGAACCCAGGACAGGUGUUCAACCUCGGACCCUUUCCCAGCCGCCGCCCCGCUGCUGCCUGGCCCCUCUGGCAGGGUGCUAUGGUGCUCUGAUGCCAACAAUAAACUUGUUGAGAGACUGGU